CUUGCGUGACCAGUGGGAUUAAAUGGGUAAAACAACAGAAAUCUAGCAAAUCGUGACUUUUUGAGUCUAGCCUUAAUUCAAUAAUAAAGUUUAUAAACACAAGGGUAAGAUCGAGUUUAAUCUGACUCCACUCGACUUUGAUUCGGGUCAAGUAUAGUUUAUGUAAUAAGAGGCUGUUUUGCAAACAAUUCAUUUUACGCAGACAAUAUUUGCAUAGCGGCUAUCAAUAGUAAUGUGUGGUUCAUUUAGACGGCACAAGCCCUCUGUUUUAUUUCAUAAAGGCGUAACAUUUCGUUGGUAUUGUGAAUGUACACAAAUAAAAAAGGGCCUUUACAGUUCUGAGUGAUGCAUUACUUUGACCUUUUUAUGAGCAAAAAUUACAACGUAAGACGAAAAAAUUGUGAUAUGCAUGAACUGUUUUAUAACUAUAUAUUUUUGGGGGGUACAGCCGAAUUAAACUUCAAACUAUUUACAUAUAUAAAAAUCACGUUUCCACGCAUACUACGACUUUCUGCAGUGCUGCGCUUAAGUCCGAUGAUAUUCAGCUUCUAAAAAUGUUACGCAUUAAAAAAAAAUAAAUCAUCGGUGCACCGGUGCCGAAGGCUCAGCAUGCAUAGGCCUGCUCAUUCAUGUAAAACCAGUCUGUGGAGCUUGUGGGGUGACGGUCACAUUCCACAGGUGAAUUCACGGUAUCUUGAAUUCAGAAGUAACACCUGUAUUUUGAACAAAUGCAAGAAUGUUCAUUUAAAUGCUGAUGAUUGCUCUUUUAUGCCCAGAACUUCAUACUUUAUACUUUAUAUACAUAUUAUUUUUUUCCUGCAGGAGAAUAGAGGAGCAAAGAUGCAGCUGUUGUUGCGUUAUCAGGGUUCCUAUAUGACAGGGGUCAUAUGUGUGAUUAUAUUCUGCAUGCUCCUGGUGUUCCGAACUCCUGUGGACGAGGUCUCAGAAGGCACGUGUGCAUGCAAUGGCUGCAUCAGGCAGCAGACCCGCAGUUUUUGGUUCAAUGAACUCUAUGAUCUCUCUAUUCAACCACUGCUUAACCGUGAAAAUUAUGUCCUUAGUGAAGAUAUCUGCAAGUACUGGAAGGAUCUUCAGAAAAAUAAGAACGAUGACAACUACACAGCAGUGGUGGAGAAGUUGUUUUUUCUGUUUCCAGAUAAAAUGCAAUACUCGGAUGCUGGUCCAAAGCGCUGCAGGACUUGUGCUGUGAUCGGAAACUCAGGGAACCUUAAAGGAUCUUGUUAUGGACACCUCAUAGAUCUUCAUGACUUUGUCAUUAGGAUAAAUAUGGGCCCAACAAAAGGUUAUGAGAACGAUGUGGGGUCUAAGACCACUCACCGGUUUAUCUAUCCUGAGAGUGCUACAGAUGUGGACAACUCCACCUACCUGGUGCUUUCCCCUUUCAAGAUUCUGGAUAUGGAGUGGCUCAUCAGUGCCUUUACCACUAAAAAUAUCACACGCACUUACAAAAACGUAAGGCCGAGUGUUAAUGCUAACAGACAUAAGGUGAUGAUUCUUCAUCCAGCUUUCAUUAAGUAUGUCCAUGAGAUCUGGUUGCUGAAACAUGGUAAAUAUCCAUCCACUGGCUUUCUUGCUAUUAUAUUCGCCCUGCACGUUGCGAUCAGGUACAUCCUGUUCCCCUCCAUUCGUUUUUGAUUAAUUAUUAUUGUCUAGACACUUUCGC